AUGUCGGAUGAUAAGAUGUAUAUCUCGUACAACAAUGUACACCAAUUGUGCCAAGAGUCAGCUGACAAAAUUAAGCAAUUCAAGCCUGAUUUAAUCAUCGCAAUCGGAGGAGGUGGUUUUAUUCCUGCUAGGAUGUUGCGUUCCUUCUUGAAAGAACCAGGUCAGCCAAAUGUCAGAAUCAUGGCCAUCAUUUUAUCUUUAUACGAAGAGAUUGAAAACUCAGAUGGAGUACAAGAAAAGCCUGGUACUCAUGUCAGUAGAACUCAAUGGAUCGAUUACACUCAAUCCAAGAUUAAUUUAGUUGGAAAGAACAUUUUGAUUAUUGAUGAGGUCGACGACACGAGAACUACAUUGCACUAUGCCGUCUCAGAGUUGAAGAAAGAUGUCGAGGAACAAGCCAAGGCUUUAAAUGCUGACCCAAAGAGCACCAAGUUUGCUAUAUUUGUCUUGCAUGACAAAGAAAAGCAAAAGAAGGCUGAUUUACCAGAUGAAAUUAUGAAGACGGGCAACUAUUUUGCUGCAAGAACCGUGCCCGACUGCUGGAUCGCGUACCCAUGGGAAGCAACUGAUAUUGUCUAUCAUCAAAAGAAAGCCGUUGAACAAGGCAACGAUGUGUUCCUUCCUUCAACUACACAAGAAUAG